AUGAAGGAUUGCGACUAUCCCGAGGCAGGUCUAUCGGAUCCUGUAUCAGUGGAUGAAGAAGACGCUGCUUUUGCCGGCACGUCUAAUGCUGACGGCAUACUUGGUUUGAUGCCAAUCGCCCCCACUCCCCGACGCGCACAAGGCUCACAUCGGCGAACGAGUGAGAAACCCGCGGUCCCAGCAACUGUCUCUCAUCAGCAUCAGCAGACUCAGCAGCCUCCGCGGCCUCAACAGACUGUGUCUCAGCAGACUCAGCAGUCUCAGCGGUCUCAGCAGUCUCAGCGGUCUCAGCAGACUCAGCCGCCUCAGCCUACUCAACAGACUAAGCAGCCUAUGCGGCAGACUCAGCAGCCUGCGCAGGUUCAGCCUCCCGAUUUACGAGGCGAGAAGAAAGCGCCUCGUCUCCAACUGUCUGAUGACGAGGAAGAUUAA